AGAGUUUCCCAUUACACCCACAUAUCAUACCACCUACCAUCCACUAUAGAAAUCGACACUUACUUCGCUAUAACUUCACCUACUAAGCCACUUACCAAAAGCCUCAUACACUAUGUCCUUCAGAGGCCCGGUCGAAGACUGCUCGGAGUUCAUCGAAAACUGUCUCACCAACAUCAAGGGCAGCACUUCCGCGCUCCCAGACCACUGCCCAAUCUGCCAUGACCCAUUUUCCGCUUCCCACCCAGCCGUCCAAGUUACCAACAUCCCCAAUUGCAACCACAUAUUCGGCCGCGACUAUCUCGUCAACUGGCUCUCAGGCAACAACCGCAACAGCAACACGUGCCCGUUGUACCACACUACUCUGUACGGAGUUUCGCUGCAGCUCAUUUAUGAAGCGCUACGACGGAUACAACGCCGGCUCGACGAUUACAGCAGUGGCAUAAGGCCUGCGCGAUCAGAGGAGAAGCUGGCUAGAGCCGCACAGCAGGCCAGAGACGAAUUGCGACAACAGGCGGACCUCAUAGUUGCGAAACAUCGUCGCACUGGCGGGACUCUACCCGUAACACCGGCGCGUUUCGAGGAGCUGGUCAGCGAACUACGCCACCAAGAUGAGAAGAGAGCUCGACAGUAUACAGAGGACCUCGACCGAGCGUACAGAAACCUAGAGCGGGAGGCAGGAGAGCUGAGGCGGUAUAUAGAUGAGGUGGAUGAAGCGAGGCAGAGGGAGGAAUAG